AUGCCCUGCUGCGUUCCCGGCGGCUGCCCUGCCGAAGCGGCCGCCAGCGAAAAGAUUCGGCGCGCCACCCUCGAGGCCAUGCAGCGCGAGAAGCUCUCGGAAACGCAGAAUACCCUCGACCAAUUCCAUACUCUCCCAACCGUCGACAAGAGCAAAUUAGACGACCUGUCGAUAUCCUAUGGCCCUAUGCUCGACGUCGAUGACUGGUCUGUUACAUCACCGACCGAGUACCAGUCAAAGUACUUCAUACCCUUUGACUGGCCUCAGGACUGGCUCGAGUACAUUUCUUGGUCUGUUGAUUGGCAAUGGGUAAAGAUGGAUCACCGGGACCUAUACUCUAGCAGCCACUUGCAAUUCCAGUACCUUCGGUCGAGGUGGUUCCGGGCACGCCUCUGUCAAUUGGAUGACCUAGAUCCAGAAGUCUGGGACGUCUACACCGAAAGCAUGGAAAUGAUGGACGCCGUCAAUCUCCGUCUCCCCCGACGCGAGUUCAAACCAAAGGCACGCCCCGAUGCCCACACAUACUACGAAUACGGAGGUCAGUGGGCAUAUCUGGCCAAAGCUGGCUCUGAUAAGUCUCAUGCCGCGUGUCUGAUGCUAGACUCGGGCGGCAAAGACGCCGACGGCCUGCUGCUGCGCUCCGAGGUCGACGCCGCCAUCUGUAUGAGCCAAUUUCAGCUCAGAGACGGCCGCUUCACCGACCACCACACGAAGCCCAUCCUCGUCAUAACCAUACUCCGCGAGCAGGUGGCACGCCUCACCCAGGCCCACUUUGAUGGUAAAAAGAAUAGGCUCAUCCUCCGCCAAUCACGGCUUCUUGAUCUAUCAGGCGAGGAUGCGGGUGAUGACGCCUGGCUGCUGCUGCGCUGGAUGGCCAGCACACCGGUGGGCCAGACAGAGUAUCCAAAAGGCACAGAGUCUGUCGACGGCUAUUGUGACGAGAAGACGAGCGUGGCACCCUCCAUGAGAGUAUCAGACUCAUUUCGCUGCUGCUCCAGUUGA